UUCUCCCACGAAAUCCUGCGAAUCUUGCCCCGCCGUCGCCUUGCUGAGAGAACGUGAGAGGGUGGACAAGGAAUGCAUUUGCGAAGGGUUUUUGGACGAAGUUCGUAGCAUCUUCUCCUCUGCAGCUGAGGAUUGUCAUCUCAACGUUUCGUUAUUCAGUUCUGGGAUUCUUCAAUUCACAUAGGUAGAUAUGGACAUCGACGGGGUUUCGGAGGACACCUCUCGGCGAGUUCAAGUGCGGUUUAUCACGAAACUCAAGGCUCCUUUCAAGGUUCCGACGAACGCCAUUGCCAUUCCCUCUAACCUCACCAGACUGGGUCUUUCCACCGUUGUUAACAAUCUUAUUCUAGCCGGGAACCCUGAGUGGGAAGCAGAACCAUUUGAUUUUCUAAUUGAUGGCGAGCUGGUCAGAAUGUCGCUGGAGCAAUUCCUUCUUGCUAAGGGAAUCUCGGCGGAGAAAACGUUGGAGAUUGAGUAUAUUAAGGCUGUUGCCCCACGAAAGGAGGAAGAGCCUUCUGUUCAUGAUGAUUGGGUCAGUGCAGUAGAUGGGUCUUGUCCUGGGUUCAUUUUGACAGGUUGCUAUGAUGGCUUAGGAAGGGUUUGGGAAUCUGCCGGAUUGUGUACACAUAUACUUGAAGGUCAUAGCGAUGCCAUAUCAUCCGUCUGUAUUGUGAACCCUGAAGAAGCUGCUAGUGUCACUCUCGCCACUGCUUCAAAGGAUCGAACACUCAGGCUGUGGAAGUAUUCAAAAGACAAGUCUGCUAGCAACCCUACCAAGAUAAGGGCAUUCAAAAUCUUGAAAGGACACGGAUUAUCUGUCCAAAGUGUUGCAUCACAGACGUCUGGAGACCUGAUCUGUUCAGGUUCUUGGGAUUGCACAAUCAAUUUAUGGCAAACAGAUGAACCUCAAUCUGAAGGUGAUGUUGUCUCCAUCAAGAGGAGAAAAAAGAAUGACCAGGCUGAAGAAUCUCAGUUAGAGGGCACCUCUGUUGCUACGCUUGUUGGCCACACACAAUGUGUAUCGUCAGUUGCUUGGCCGAAGCAUGGAGAAAUUUAUUCAGCAUCGUGGGACCAUUCUGUAAGAAGAUGGGAUGUCGAGACAGGCAAAGAUUUGUUUAAUAUUUUUUGUGGUAAGGCACUCAGCUGCCUCGAUAUCGGAGGUGAGGGCUCCACUCUCAUUGCUGCCGGUGGCUCAGACCCCACCAUUAGAAUAUGGGAUCCUCGUAAACCAGGAACUUCUGGUCCAGUCUUUCAGUUCUUGUCCCAUAGUUCUUGGGUUUCAGCUUGCAAGUGGCAUGAUAGAUCUUGGUUCCAUUUGCUGUCUGCAUCAUAUGAUGGGAAAGCUAUGCUGUGGGAUCUGAGAACUGCGUGGCCUUUAGCUGUAAUUGACUCUCACAAAGACAAGGUACUGUCGGCUGACUGGUGGAAAGGUGACAAUGUUAUCAGUGGCGGGGUGGACUCGAGACUGUGCAUUUCGUCUGGGAUUUAUGUGCCGUAAGGUCUGCUGCCUUUUCUUCAGUGUAAGGUAGAGAACUGUAUCAGAGGAGAAUAUAAAAAGUAAAUUGCGUUUCUUUUGUUGUAAAACCAAUCAAAUUUUCUCUCUUUGGAGAGAGCUCCCAACUAUAGGCUGACUGAAACUUAAGAGUUGAGAUUGGCUUAUUAUUUAUAAUUUAUUCUUUUCUUUGAGUUCUCCCAUAA